AGUUGCCAAAAUCAAGCAUGCUGGGAAUUCCGCAAUCCAAUCAGAUCUGGCCCUUAGAUUCUUAUCCAAUCAAGUAGACGAUCUGUUGGUAGCCUUGUAUGUAUAAGAAACUGGGGUCCAAGUUAACGCCGAGGGAGACGAACAUAUAAGAACAGAAAGUCUUGAACAACCUGUGAGGUAUUGAUUCAAGACCUUUGUAAAACGGACCAUGUUAUUAUUCUUGGGGCUGAUCCUUCUUGGGGGGGUGUUCUUUUUGAACUACAUGCGCGAAAGACGCCGCCCACUCCCCAAAGGUUGCAAACCGCUUCCCGGACCACCCGGUCUUCCAAUAAUCGGAAACCUCCAUCAGAUUCCCGAGGACUAUCCAUGGCGCAAAUUUAAAGAAUGGUCGGACAUGUACGGUCCUAUAAUGGAAGUGAAAAUGGGUAAAGAGCGGUUGAUCGUGCUCUCUAACAGCGAAACUGUCAAAGAGCUGCUGGAGAGAAGAGGUCAAAUUUACUCCUCGCGCCCACAGACGUAUAUGGCUUCCGAAGUCUUAUCCGACCAUUUGCGUCCGUUGCUCAUGCCAUAUGGAGCUCGUUGGCGCCGAGUCCGCAAGUUUAUUCAUCAGAUGACUAUGCCAACGAAGGCCACAGAAUAUCAAUCAAGACAGAGCCGCGAGUCACUAAAACUUAUCAAUGAUUUACUGGACGAACCUACCGACUUCGCAAGGCACUACUAUCGAUAUGCUAGCGGGCUAAUUAUGGGCCUUACAUAUGAUAAAGAAGUUCGUACGGGUAAGGAAGACUACGUACAGAACAUCAUGCAAGUUAAUGAUACACUAGAGCAUAUCGCCAAGCCAGGAGCCUUUCUUGCCGAUUCCUUACCUAUCCUGAGGUAUUUGCCAAGCAUUCUCGCCCCCUUCAAAAGAAUCGGCAAGCAAGCUCAUAAAUUCGAGUACAACCUUUUCAUGCAACUUAUCAACGAAAUCCGAGAGAAAAUGAAUCUCCACGAUUCAGUCACGGAUUGCUUUGCUAAGGAAAUUGUCUCCAGUAUGGAGAAUCGUGGUAUUACCGAAGAGGAAGGUGCUUACGCUUGCGGUACCAUGUUCGAGGCAGGCAGCGGGACGACGUCAGGAGCGCUGGAGACAUUGACCAUGGCGCUUUUGGUCUACCCUGAGGUCCUAGCAAAGGCCCAGGCAGAAUUGGAUAAAGUAUGUGGUGACCGGCUUCCGCAAUUUGACGACCAAGAUGAUCUCCCAUACAUCAAUGCUGUCGCGAAGGAGGCACUUCGAUGGAGGCCGAUCGUAGCAUCUGGUAUUGCACACCUCUUGAUCGAGGAUGAUUACUACAAGGACUAUUUCCUCCCAGCAAACUCGACGGUAAUUGGCAAUAGCUGGGCCAUACACAUGGAUCCUGUAGUUUACCCCGAGCCCGACAGAUUUAACCCCGAUCGAUUUAUUGACGAAUCUUUUCCGACGGCCACUAAAAGUGAAGGCGUAGAAUAUGGCGCCCAGAGAGGCCACUGGGCUUUUGGCUUCGGUAGGCGAGCAUGUCCUGGUCAGCAUAUUGGGGAAAGAAGCAUGUUUAUUGUCAUUGCACGACUGCUUUGGGGCUUCAAUUUCAGUCGUGCCGUGGAUGCCAACGGGAAAGAGGUUGAGAUUGACACAAUGGAUUUCACUACUGGAUUCAACUCAAAGCCAAACGACUUCCCUGCAAACAUUGAACCUCGUUCACCGGAGCGUAAGGCAGUGAUCCAAGCUGCGUACGCAGACUCGCUACGGAGUGGUUCUUAAUUUCUUUGAUUGGUGCAUUUUAACAACUCUUAUGGCUUUCUCAUAUCAACGGAAUUCUCAGGUCAACGCAGUUGGAAAUUUGUCAACACCAGGAACCCUCAAUUGUUGAAACCUUCUUCGGAACGACUACAAGGGGUUUCGGGUUUGUAAACCAUGAGAUAUCAGCU